AUGCUGGUGCAACUGCCAGAGCAAUCGGUUAUCUCAACAAGUAAUGCCUUCAGCUUGCGAAUGGCAAAUGCAGCAGUUUUGUUGCUGGAUUUACAUGGAGUGACUGACGGAGCACAUAUUGAAACGGAGAGCCAACGACUUAGUGUGCUGAAGCCAUGUGGUUCCAGUAGCAAUUGGGGCCGCGUCGAGGGCCUGUCCCAACGAGGACUCAGGAUGGAGAUACACGUGGAGUCUCCCAAUGCAGACAUGCUGCCGAAAAGUUGCUAUGUCAGUGUACGGGUGGGUGAAGUUCUGAAGCAGGGCAGAUACGAGCCGAAGCGGGCAUACAACUUUCCUGCCAUUGAUCGCCGACGAGAUGUUCGUGUUGACGUCUACCAGCACGUGGGGAGCUGCCUGCUGGCGGCAGAGCCAGACUCCACUUCCGUGCAUGACGUUUUUGCGACGAGCACCCACCCGGACUUUCCAGCUAUGAAGUUCAAGGUGAGUGUCUCAACCAGAAGCGAAGAGGUGCAGAAGUCCAAGGUAGACCGAGCGACCAAGAUGAAAGGCAAGGCCAAGGAGUACUUGGGCUCUCACCGCAUCGAGGAGAAGUUGUCCGAGGCAGUGAAGGCCUUGCUCAAGGAGCAGCCAGCAGAGCCGCUGGAUUUCAUUUGCAAGUAUUUGCAAGGCAGCAAGAAGGAGAAGUCGCUGGCACCCGUGGUCUCUGCGCGAGCCAGCUCGCAGCCGGUGGAAAGACCGCAGGCUGCUGCAGAGGGAGGUGAAGAGUCUUUCGUCAGUGUCGACGGGACUGGUGACCCGCGCAAUGACAUGCAAAGCGUGCGCUCCGAGAUGUGCCAACUACUGGUGGAAGCUGCAGAGAAUGGCAAGCUGGAGGGUGUGUUGAAGGAGAGUGGUGGUGCAGCGGCGCAUUCUGCAGAGGAUUUGAAAAAAGCGGAGGGGGCAAGGAAAAAGGCUGGCAACAUGCUGGUCACAGCUGUGGACAACGGAGACUUCGAGAAGAUCUUGAAAGAGCUCCAGGAAAAUAAGUCUGGAAAGAAGAAUGAAGAGAAGCUCAGACACAAGGCCGCUAAUCUGCUGAUCAAUGCAGCAGAGAAUGGGGAUCUUCAGAAGGCCCUCAAAGAGAUCCAGCCCUCGGAUAAUAGACAAGAUACGCGAAAGAAGGUUGCCGCAAUGCUGAUUGAAACAGCAGGCAAUGGCAAGCUGGAGACUGCUUUGCGAGAGAUCGGCAGCCUGAGGAGCCGCACGCCUCCCGACCUGGAGGCGCUGCAGAGGUCCGUGGGAAACACGCUGAUGCUGGCGAUGGAGAACGGGGACUUGGCAAAGGCGCUCCAGCCCAGCGUCCCAAACGGCCCGUGA